GUGCGGCGCGGCGCAUGCGCGCGGGACCUGACGUCGGCUGAUCCAGCGCCUCCUUUGCCUCCGCCGGAGGGAUUCGGGUGGAUUUGGGUGCGCCGUGCCGGCCCAGGGGCACUAGAAGGACGAUUAUUUUGCAAGUGGUGAUGCUUCACUACUGAAUUCUAGCAUUUGAAUUGGGCCUGUGGGUUUUUGGUACUUCCUCCUUCUGCAAAAUAAGUUGAACAGGUAAAAUGGACUUCUCAAAACUACCCAAAAUCCGUGAUGAAGACAGAGAGGCUUUUGUUGGCUAUGUUUAUGGAGUCUCAGGACCUGUGGUCACGGCCUGCAACAUGGCCGGUGCUGCCAUGUACGAGCUGGUACGAGUAGGACACAGUGAACUGGUUGGGGAGAUUAUCCGGCUGGAAGGUGAUCUGGCAACUGUCCAGGUGUAUGAAGAAACAUCUGGUGUCUCUGUAGGAGAUCCUGUGCUCCGUACUGGGAAGCCCCUAUCAGUGGAACUGGGGCCUGGCAUUAUGGGAGCUAUUUUCGAUGGUAUCCAGAGACCUCUCUUGGACAUCAGCACUCUGACCAAAAGUAUCUAUAUCCCUAGAGGUGUCAACGUGUCGGCUUUGAGCCGAGAUAUCAAAUGGGACUUCAUACCUUCCAAAAAUCUGCGGGUUGGCAGCCACAUCACUGGUGGAGAUAUUUAUGGUGUGGUGAAUGAAAACUCCCUGAUCAAACACAAAAUCAUGUUACCCCCACGGAAUAGGGGUACAGUUACAUACAUUGCUCCUCCAGGAAACUAUGACACUUCAGAUGUCGUGUUAGAGCUGGAGUUUGAAGGUGUGAAGGAGAAGUUCACUAUGGUGCAAGUGUGGCCUGUACGUCAAGUCCGUCCUGUUACUGAGAAGUUACCAGCCAAUCAUCCUUUAUUAACUGGCCAACGAGUCCUGGAUGCCCUCUUUCCGUGUGUACAAGGAGGUACAACAGCGAUUCCUGGGGCAUUUGGUUGUGGAAAGACUGUGAUCUCACAGUCUCUUUCAAAGUACUCCAACAGUGAUGUCAUCAUUUACGUAGGCUGUGGAGAACGAGGAAAUGAAAUGUCUGAAGUACUGAGAGAUUUUCCUGAGUUAACAAUGGAAGUUGAUGGCAAGGUAGAAAGUAUCAUGAAGAGAACAGCUCUGGUAGCAAAUACUUCCAACAUGCCUGUGGCUGCCAGAGAAGCCUCCAUCUAUACUGGAAUCACCCUGUCCGAGUAUUUCCGGGAUAUGGGCUACCAUGUCAGUAUGAUGGCAGACUCUACUUCCCGAUGGGCUGAGGCCCUCAGGGAAAUCUCAGGGCGACUGGCUGAAAUGCCAGCUGACAGCGGUUAUCCAGCCUACCUCAGUGCCCGUCUGGCCUCUUUCUAUGAGCGAGCUGGGAGAGUGAAGUGUCUGGGAAAUCCUGAGAGGGAAGGCAGUGUCAGCAUUGUUGGAGCUGUCUCUCCCCCAGGUGGUGACUUCUCUGAUCCUGUCACAUCUGCUACCCUGGGCAUUGUUCAGGUUUUCUGGGGCCUGGAUAAGAAACUGGCCCAGCGCAAGCACUUCCCAUCUGUGAACUGGCUGAUCAGCUACAGUAAGUACACGCGAGCCCUGGAUGAGUACUAUGACAAGCAUUUCACAGAAUUUGUCCCUCUCAGGACCAAGGCCAAAGAGAUCCUACAGGAAGAAGAGGACCUUGCAGAGAUUGUGCAGCUUGUGGGGAAGGCUUCCUUGGCAGAAACAGAUAAAAUUACCUUGGAAGUUGCCAAGCUAAUAAAAGAUGACUUCUUGCAGCAGAAUGGUUACACGCCUUAUGACAGGUUCUGCCCUUUCUAUAAAACAGUGGGAAUGCUUUCCAACAUGAUUGCAUUUUAUGACAUGGCACGCCGUGCCGUAGAAACCACAGCCCAGAGUGACAAUAAGAUCACGUGGUCCAUCAUCCGAGAGAACAUGAGUGAAAUCCUCUACAGACUUACCUCCAUGAAGUUCAAGGACCCUGUCAAAGAUGGUGAAACAAAAAUCAAGGCGGACUAUGCUCAGCUGUUUGAGGAUAUGCAGAAUGCAUUUCGCAGUCUGGAAGACUAGACUUGACCUCUGUGACCACUCCAGUUUGUCCUCUCAGUUCCUCAUCUCAGCUCCUCUGCUUCCCUACCUUACAAGAAUGAUGCAACAGUACUUGAGUUGAUAAAUAAUCCUGUGUUUCCCCUGUUCAUACUCAGAGAGUGUCUUUACAAAAAACAUUCCUCUUAGUUUCUAUUUGGAAUUGCUUUGUGUGUCUGCAGUGGUGAGUGAUGUGUGACUGGGCCUGGCUGAGUGAGGAAAUGCUGUUGUACACUUCUAGGGUGGGAAAAAAUUCAACUUUCGUCUCCCAGCUCUCCUGGUAACCAGUCUUUUUCACCUCGGGUGUAACCAGUUGAGCUGCACUGGCAGAGGUGUAGGUCUUCACGCAGUACAUUGCGAGCUGGCAGUGGGAAGGGCAUUUACACCUGCCACUUUGCUAAGUGACUAUCAGAUGUAGAACUCCCUGUUCUCAAACAGAAUUUUUUACUAUAUUCUGAUGACAUGUUGAUACAACCAAAAGUUCUUCACUACUCUGUCAUUUCUGAGUCUCUCAGCUGAGUCUUUUGGUAUUGAAAUGUGGUAGUUCUGGUCCUCUCCAAGAAGGGACUAACUAGAAGAUGAGCAUAUAGCUCAUGAUGUAUGAGCGACUGAUAUAAUUUUGUACACUGGAGAAAUACAAUUUUAUCUCCCUACUUAAUACGGAUAGAACUGUUGGACUAAAAUCAAAGCCAUAGGUACUCAGCUUCCAGCAGAAUUUUACCUUCUUGGCUCCCAUUUAGCCUGUAAAAUUUCCUGACAGUCAACUGCUUUACUUUGUGAAGCUUGUGACUGCUGCCAUGUACUGCAGGGCAUGGUUGGCAAGGUACAGUGAUUCCACAUGUGCUGAACACAGCGUGGUCCUUCCUUGGUGGUGUUCUGCCAGUGCAGUUGCCCCCAGUGCAAUGCCUAGGUUACACCAAGGAAAAGAAAGCACGUGCUUAGCCGCCUUCCUCCACCUGUGCUCACAUGGCUUGUUGGGUGGUGGCACAGAAGGUCCCCAGUUCUUGUGUAUAGAACAAUGUGAAUGGGGGAAGGUUGAUGAGUACAAAAUGUAUUUAGUCCUGCCUUGUUGGUUACGAUGCAAGAGAAAGCAGUGGCUCUGGUCUUCUGCUCUGUGCUCUGGAAGCACUCUGUCAAGCAGCUGAAACUGCUGUCUCUUAGGCUUUUUUAUUGGUAAAACUAGACUAAGACGAGGAAUGAGCAGAGCACAGCCUUUCUGUCAAACUCCCUGAGCCCAGCACUCAUCCCAUUGCUUCAGAAUGCAAGAGAGAUGCUAGCAUCCUCUCCUGUCUCUCCCUCUUGAUUAUGUCAGGUGGCAUCCUGUGCCCAUCUGGGUUCCAGCUUCCACCUACUGCUUUGUUAGUCCCGAGACAGCACCUGUUGUUGGUGACACUGUGCCUACUUGAGCGUUAAUUCUGCACUGAAGUAUUUCCACAGGCUCCAGCUUUGAACAGUAGUGAUGCAAAGAGAUCUUUUGCUACGGACCAAAUGCUGCCACUUCCAUUAUGGUAUCAACCCACUGUUUGUCAGGGAAGAGCCCAGCUGAAACUUAAAGGGAUUGACUAUUUUUGGUUUUCCCAAGAAGAAACUGCUCCGCCAGCUGAUAUUCUGUUAGUGAAUGCUUAAGUUUACAGCUCACUACAUUUUUGGUGUAUGCUGCUUAUUUUAUCAAUGAGCAUGUGUGAAUGAGUAGCCACCAUCCAAGCUGGGCUCAUCGUUUGUACCCUUCACCACUGUACAAUGUAGCAUUUCAUGCUAGAAACCAGAUGUUCUUAUCUCUUUAAAUAGAGGAUGUUAUAAACUUUACAGAAGAUAUCUAAGAUAAUGCAGUUCUAAUAUUUAUUGUGCUGUACGUGGCCCUCAAGUGUGACCAGUUCAAAGUUUCAUAUAUAUUUUUGUCCUUCUUGUGUCUUGUUUUCAGUGUUGAGAUUCUGAUGUUCACUGUGUCCUGCAAGUCUUCCUUCCACAGCUGUGGAAGGAAUUACAACAUAGGCAGAACCCCACCAUGUACUUUAUCUUGUAUAUUUCAUAACGUAUGUUGCUGGAAAUUGUGUAAAAAAAUAAAUAUUAAAAAAAUUGUUCAAGUCAAUGAAAAUAAAAUUGAUUUAAAUUAGG